AUGGCGGCCGCGCUGAGGGGCGUGAGGGAGAGCGGCACUUCCGGUUUGGAGCGGCGGAAAUACGUCACGGUCGCUAUGGCAACGGAGGGGACUUCCGUGUCGCUGUUGCUGGUGGCCGUGCUGUGGGGUGGCACCAGCCCGUUGCUCAGGGCCGGAGCUGCGGGGAUGGAGGAGCUGCGGGGCCGGGGCCGCCUGCGGCUGCUGCUGGCUGAGCUGCGCUUCCUCGGCCUCAACUGCAGGGUGAGAGCAGUUCUGGGAUCCUUCCUGCUCCUCAAAGUCUUGAUAGUGCUAAAAUCCACAGGAUUUCUGAUCCUUGGUGGGACUAGAAAAAAACAUGAUGAUACUGUGGUUUAUAUCAAAGUGACAAGCUGCAACUCCCUGGCUUUGAUUGUGACUUUGGUGACGGGGAAGAUCCUGGGAGAGGACAUUGGUGGGAAAAGAGCCGUGGCAGGAAUGCUGCUCACCAUCCUGGGAGUGUCCCUGUGYGUGGCUGCGUCCUGAAGGGAACAGGAGCCCAAAAAUCCUCAUCCCGAGGGGAGAGAUAUUCUGGGAUGGAUUUGGGAUGGUUGGGAUCUGGGAUGGAUUUAGGAU